AUGGAGAUCUGCUUCCUGCUCGUGUGCAACCCGGAAAGGCAGCAGACGGUGUCGCAAGGGAAAAUAAACGAAGGUGGCAUCAGGUACAUUGGCAUGGUUGUGCCUCCGUGGCACCGCGCAUCCAGAUCCUUACUCAUCCUGCCAAGCAUUGAAACAACAGCUUGCUGUUCCUCCUCCACUCUGCCCCUGGAAACUUAUGAUCAUCUUUUGGAAGUCCCGGUCACUCGGGAGCAGUUAAACCACUACCGGAAUGUGGCGGAAAACGCUCGAAGCGACCUUGCGGCAACUUUGGUCAAGUUUGAAUGUGCUCAGUGUGAGCUCCGGGAUCUCCGCUCCAAGAUGCUUUCUAGAGAAGUUUCCUUUCAAGAGCUCAAAGCUGAAAUGGAGAGCUAUAAAGAAAACAACGCCAGAAAAACAUCCCUCCUCACUUCUUUGAGAGACAGAACGCAGGAGCUGGAGGAAGAAUCUGUUGCACUUGCCGUGUCUAAAACUAAAGCAGAAAUCAUGGCUCAGGCCACAGCAAAGGAGAACCAGGAACUCAGGAAGAAAGCUGUGCAACUCGAUGAGAAGUUACAAAAGUGUUUGAAGGAAAAUGAAGAGAAUAAGGCCCAGACCUCAGAGAGCUGCAGGAAACAUCAGGAAUUUCUCACCCAGCUGCAUGACUGCUUGGAUCCAGACAAGAGGGAUGAAAAGGCGUCGGAUGAGGAAGUCAUUUUGAAGCUUAGGGAACUGUGCAAGGAAAACGCUGUGCUGAAAGGAAGGAUUGUAACUCUUGAAGAGACUAUAAACGUCCAUGAGAUGGAGGCAAAAGCUAACAGAGAAACCAUCAUGAGGCUGGCUUCCGAAGUCAACAGAGAGCAGAAGAAAGCUGCCUCCUGGGCUGAAGAGAGAGACCAGUUGGAGCAGGAUGUGCUCAGUGCUGUAAAAGCAAAAGAAGCUCUUGAAAAGGAAGUUAAAAUCCUGGAAGAAAGGCUGCGUGCGGGCCAGCGGGCCUGGGAGGCCUCGAGGCAGGAGCUGAGCGCCCUGAAGAAAAGCUCCUGCGAGUUGGAGAAGAGUCUGGAGGCAGCCACUGCCUCGCAGAGGCAGCAUGCCUCAUUUCGGGAGAAAAUGGCAGCCAGCAUGGGCGUCACUGGGUCCACAGAGGACGCCCUCUUGGAGAGGAUUCGAGAGAUGGGCAGCCGGGAAGUCACCAGCAAAAGGGUGAUUUCCCAGCUGGAAGCCCAAAUUUCUGAGCUUACGGGACAGCUGGGCGAGGAGUCUGGGUCUCGCCAGAAAGCUCUCCAGAGGGCACAGGAUGCAGAAAACAAGUCGGAGAUUCUUCAGGCUCAGUUAACACACCUGGAGGGAGAGCUGGUUUCUGGGGAUGUUUUGCGAGACAGCUUGAAUUUUGAGAAACAAAAAUAUCUUAAAUUUCUGGAUGAGCUUUCAGAGAAAAUGAAAUUGGACCAGAUGGCUGCUGAACUUGGCUUUGACAUGCGUCUGGAUGUAGUUUUAGCUCGCACAGAGCAGCUGGUCCGCCUCGAGAGCAAUGCAGUCAUUGAAAACAAGACAAUUGCCCACAACUUACAGAGGAAGCUGAAAACUCAGAAAGAAAGGCUUGAGAGCAAAGAACUGCACAUGAACCUCCUUCGGCGGAAAAUAACCCAACUGGAGGAGGAGAAGCAGGUGCGCACGGCCUUGGUGGUGGAGAGGGAUGAGGCUCAUCUCACCAUCCGGAAGCUGGAGAAGAAGGUGGAGAGGUUGCAGAAGGAUCUGAGUGUGUGUCGGGACUCCAACACAGAGCUCAAAGCCAAGCUGGCUGAUACCAAUGAGCUUAAGAUUAAAACUUUGGAACAGACCAAAGCCCUUGAAGAGCUAACUAAAUCCAGGGACAAGCUGGAAAAGAUGAAGGAGAGAGCUGAGAAGAAGCUGCUGUCGGUCAAGUCAGAAUUGGAUACCACAGAGCAUGACGCUAAGGAAGACAAGGAAAGGGCCAGAAACAUGAUGGAAGUGGUAACGAGGGAAAUAAAGACACUAAAGAAAUCUCUGGAAGAAGCGGAAAAGAGAGAAAGGCAGCUGGUGGACUUCAGGGAGAUUGUGUCUCAGAUGCUGGGCUUAAAUGUGACCAAUCUUGCUCUUCCUGAUUAUGAAAUCAUCAAACAUCUUGAAAGACUGAUCCAUUCACAUCAGCAUCACUUUGUCACCUGUGCCUGCCUCAAAGAUGUGACUCCUGGGCAAGAUGGACACCUGCAAAGCCACGUGAAAUUUCUUCAUUGA